AGUGGUCUAGAAUCAGGGUAUUCAUCUCUUGCGCCUUGUUGUUUCACUAUCAUCAUGUCAAACAUGUUGUCAGCGUGUCGGCGUGUAACAGGCCCGCGUGCUCGACAAACUGUCGCUCUAGCUAGGUAUGCCAGUACGAGCACCAAGGAAAAAUUCCGAGUACUCGUUGUCGGAGCAGGUUCUGGUGGGUUGACGGUUGCCAACCAGAUAUAUAACCGCUUUAAGGCUGCUGGAAAGCCUUUGAAUGCAGGGGAUGUAGUGGUCCUUGACGCAGCAGACUAUCACUACUAUCAACCCGGCUGGACUUUGGCCGGUGCUGGUCUUGGCUCUAAAACAGAUUUCAGACGACCGCUCGCGUCCCUAUUCCCGCCACAUAUCACGCAUAUCGCAGAGAAUGUCAAGUCAUUCUAUCCGGAAUCCUCAUCAGUCACGACAACGUCAGGUCGGACAAUUUCAUACGAUUCACUUGUAGUGGCAGCAGGUUUGAAAACAAACUGGGACGGCAUCGCUGGGUUGCCUCAGGCUCUCGCUGAUCCAUCCUCUGGAGUCUCAUCGAUAUAUUCCUAUGAUACCUGCGACAAAGUUUGGCACGACGUAGAUGCUCUCAGGUCCGGAAAUGCGAUAUUUACCCAGCCUGCAGGUAUCAUCAAAUGUGCAGGAGCUCCGCAGAAAAUCAUGUGGAUGGCCUGGGACAGAUACCAAAAAUCUGGGCGAGGAAAUAACAUUAAAAUAGACUUUAUGACUGGCAUGCCAUCCAUGUUUAGCGUCAAGAAAUAUUCGGAUGCCCUAAACGCUCUCCGCAUCGAGCGAGGUAUCGAAGCGGAGUUCCAACAUAACUUAGUUUCUAUUGAUGUGGCGAACAGGAAAGCAACUUUCAAGAAGGAUGAUGGUUCGACCGUGGAUCGUGAUUUCACCCUCCUGCAUGUCGCGCCGCCGAUGGGACCGCUAGACUUCAUCAAAGGAUCGCCCAUUGCUGAUCCAACGGGUUGGGUAGAAGUCGAUCAGGCGACUCUCAGACAUGUCAAGCCCGAGUUUGGAAACAUAUUUGCCUUGGGUGACUGUUCCUCCCUACCCACGAGCAAAACGGUUGCCGCCAUUACAUCUCAGGCUCCUGUCUUGACGGAAAACUUAUUUUCGGUUAUGGACACUGGCAAAGUUAGCGGUGCAAAGUAUGAUGGCUAUACAAGUUGCCCGCUUCUGACGGGUUAUGGGGAGUUGAUGCUAGCGGAGUUCAAGUAUGGACUUGUGCCCAAAGAGAGUUUUGCCAAUUACCUGGGCGAUCAGACAAAACGGAGAAGAAUAUUCUACCACUUCAAAAAGGACCUUUUUCCUUGGGUUUAUUGGAGUCGCAUGGUUGACGGAAAAUGGUUCGGCCCUUCAGGACCCUUCCGUCCCAAGUUUGUAUGAUG